UCCAAUUCGCUCUCUCUCUCUCUCUAAACCCCUGUCAGUUCUCAUUCUCUCUCUAAAAAUCCAUUGUUCUAAUUUCAUCUUUCUUCUCUUCUGUCAUACUUUACAAACCUAUACUUACAGAUUUUGUAUAUCUGACUGCCGCUUCUCCGAUUUCGUAUAUUGCACCAGAGGAUUACUUUGGUGAGAUGAGAGAGGGUUUGAGAUCCAGUACCUUGUUGAAGGGGGUUAGACGGGAGUUGGACUUGAAUGCUGAUCCUCCUGAGAAAAUUGAGGAUUCUUUAAUUACAACUGAACCUGCCUCUCAUCAGGAUAGUGAUGCUCAUUCUGUACAAAUUGAGCUUGAAGAGAGUAAGAGCCAGUUUUCUUCUGAAGAAUGUCCUGGAAAUAGUGCCGGUUCUGACCGUGAUGCAGGGUUGGUUACUGAUUCUGCAAUUGCUGAAAAAUUGAACCUUGAAGAAACUGAUGCAAUGUUGAUAGAAGAUGAUCCGAAUUCAGCUAAAUGUUCUGCUCUACCUUCGCCUGUAGGGAAGAAGCGCAGGGGGAGGAAAAGAAAGAGAGUUGAGAAUACUCAAUGCGGUGAACAUGAUGAAGACGAAAGAAAGGUAAACCGCUUACAUUUGACUGGCUCAAAUGGAAAUGUUGGAAGGGUGUUGAGGUCCAGGACGAUUGCUAUUACUACUGACACUCGUCUGAACGGAGAGAGUAUAGGUUUUGCGGGUGUAAAAAUAAAUAAAGAUAUUGAUCAUCUUGAGUUUGAUAAUUCUAAGAAUAAAUCAUGUGGGAACAAGAAUAAUGAAAUUGCUUCUCCAAUUGGCAAGGGAAUUAAAAAAAAGAAAGGUCGUCGUGGUAGACCGCCCAAGAUGUUGGACAAAGAUUGUAUUUCUAGGAUGGUUAUUAACCAAAAAGAUAAAUUCAAAGUGUCCAAGAAAAUACUUAAACCUAGAAUGGCAGGAAGAAUAGCGAAAAGUUCUAAGUUUGUAAAUUCACAACUGGAAGAAGUGGUGCCACAGCUUUUGAAUGAUGAAAAGAAAAAGGUUAUCAAGUCAAAAACACAUGGUAACAAAUCAAGAGAAGGGGAAAUGAGUCGUAGGGAAGAAAAACAGGCCAUCAGAGAUCAGAUAGUUGAUAUUUUGAUGAAGGCAGGAUGGACUAUAGAAUAUAGGCCCAGAUUAGGUAGGGACUACAGUGAUGCAAUUUAUGUUGAUUGUGAAGGAAGGCAACAUUGGUCAGUCACUUUGGCCUACAGGAAACUCAAAGAGAAAGUUGAAGGGGGAAAGGCGGAUGAUAAGAGCAUUGCAGCAUUUACUCUAAUUCCUGAUGAGGUACUUGGAACACUAUUCAGAAUUACCGAAAAGGGAAAAAAGAAGACUAAAAAUAAGUUGAUUCAAAAAGGAAAAUCUGCUAAAAAGAGCAUGCGUAGCCCACAACGCAAAGAAAGAUCCAAUUCUAACCCCAAAUCUGGAUACAGAACUUUCAGGAAAAAAACUAAAAUGAAUGCAAACAGAAAACCAUGUGCUCUUUUGGCUCGAAACUCUAGUGAAGUGUCUGAUCAAAGUGGUGAUGGAUUUGUAGCGUAUGAUGGUAAGCGCAGUCUUCUCUCGUGGAUGAUUGAUUUGGGAACAAUCCCGUCUAAUGCAGAGGUGCAGUACAUGAGUGAUAGGAGGACAAGAGCAAUGCAUGCUGGAAAGAUCACCAGGGAUGGGAUUUUGUGUGAGUGCUGUGGUAAAAUACUUUCCCUAUUAGAAUUUGAGUCCCAUGCUGGAAGUGAACUGGGAGAGCCACUUAAACACAUAUGCCUUGCAUCUGGACUAUCCCUUUUGCAAUGCUUAGUAUCUUCAUGGAGUAAACUAGAAGAAUCUGAUCAUAUUGGAUUCCAUCUUGUGGAUGUGAAUGGUGAUGAUCCAAAUGAUGACACAUGCAAUAUCUGUGGUGAUGGUGGUGACUUGAUCUGUUGUGAUGGCUGCCCAUCAACAUUCCAUCAAAGUUGUUUAAAUAUUCAAAAGUUUCCCUCUGGAGAUUGGCGAUGUAUAUAUUGUUCAUGCAAAUUCUGCGGCACAAUCAGUGGGAAAUCCUGUCAAGCUGAAUUAUUCCAUCAUGUUGAUGACACCACAAAUGUCUCUGAAUUGUCCUCAUGCCUGUUGUGUGAGGGAAAAUUUCAUUUGGCUUGUACUCAGACUGAGGGUACUGAAGGUUUUGAUUCAAAGGAUUUGUCUUUUUGUGGAAAAGGAUGCAAAAAGCUGUUUAUGGGCUUUCAGGCGCUUCUUGGGGUAAGGCAUGAGUUGGAAGAAGGACUUUCAUGGACACUUCUUCACCGACGUGAUGCCAGGAAGGACGAAACAGAGAAUAAUGGUUCAUCAAGAAUAGAAUGUAACUCAAAAUUAGCUGUUGCAUUCUCUGUUAUGGAUGAGUGUUUUGUGCCUAUAGUUGAUCCACGAGGCAAAAUCAAUAUGGUUCACAAUGUUGUCUUUAACUGUGGGUCAAAUUUUAGGCGGCUGAACUAUGAUGGCUUCUAUACUUUUAUUCUGGAGAAGGGUGAUGAACUUGCCUGUGCAGCAUCUAUAAGGCUUCAUGGGAAUCAAUUGGCUGAAAUGCCUUUUAUUGGGACACGGUACACAUAUCGUCGCAAAGGGAUGUGCCGUCAACUUCUAACUGCAAUUGAAACGGUUCUUGUUGAACUUGGUGUUGAGACACUGGUUAUACCUGCUAUACCAGCACUUAAUGAAACAUGGACUAAGGUUUUUGGCUUUAUGCCCCUCGAGGAGGCAAAGAGACAAGAAAUGAGGUGCAUGAGUAUGGUAGUGUUCCCCGGCACAGAUAUGCUACAGAAACCACUAUUGAAGACUGAAGAAGAUACUGGAAGACAAGGGACUUGUACUGGGCAACAAAGUGAAGCUGAAGCUGAAGCUUCAGCAAGUACCGGCUCUGAGGAUACAUUUGCAACGUGCCCAUCUCCUUCUAAUGUGGUGUGUAACCUUCAUGAACCCAAUCGGCCAGUUACAGUUAGCAGUGAGCAGAUCAGCCUUGCUGAACCCUUCUCUUGUGCGAGUGUUGAUGCUAAGUUGCAAGCUUAAAUGUGUGGGUGAAUUGCAAUCGUGUCUGUUCUUAUGAGACGAUAUUUUCUCAUUCGCUUCUCAGCUACUCAGGGAAACCUUGAAAAUAAUGCUUGAAUAGUUGGAGCCAUGAUCAUUGGUUGACUAUCCUCUAUCCUUGCACUACUUGUCUGGUUUGGUUUGGAUGAGAAAAGGCCGCAGAGUCGAGUGAUCUUUGCUUGUUCAUUUUCAUUUUUUCAAUGUUGAAAGUGAAGGAGCACCACAAUUCUAGUAUAAUACUGUAAUUAGAAAAUUUGUAAAUAAAAGUAGGCAUUGGACUAACCUGAAUUCAGCAUAGAGUAGUGUAUUGCAGAUAAUUUGAAUAUGUAUUUGUUUGAGGUGUUUUGCUUGUCCAUUUUUUGAUUGAUUUACCAGUAAUUUUCUUGUCUGCCUUGC